CUCAUAUGUGCGCGGGUUCGAUGACAUUAUGGUCGCGCAGGGGGAGUAAAUGGAAGCGUCAACGGUCUCUUCAUACACCGGUUCAAGCGCAUUGCAUCCCUGCUUUUUAAAGACUUCGAAUUCAUUGCUAUAUGUGGCCCACCGAAUUGUAUAUCUUGUUCCAUCAACAACUAAAAAAUGGCAUCAACAAUGGAAGCAGCCGAUAUUGUUGUUGUUGCCAUGUACUUCGUACUUGUCCUAUGCUUUGGCUUUUUUGCGAUGUGGAAGGCGAAUCGAGGGACUGUGAGUGGAUACUUCCUGGCCGGUCGUUCCAUGAACUGGAUGGUGAUCGGCGCAUCGCUGUUCGUGAGUAACAUCGGCAGCGAGCACUUCAUCGGCCUCGCUGGCUCAGGUGCGGCUAGCGGUUUCGCCGUAGGUGCUUGGGAGUUCAAUGCGAUUCUACUGCUGCAGCUCCUGGGGUGGGUCUUCAUACCCGUUUACAUCCACUCAGGUGUGUACACCAUGCCGGAGUACCUCUCGAAAAGAUUCGGCGGUAAGCGGCUGAAGGUUUUCUUCGCGUCCCUGACUCUGCUCCUCUACAUUUUCACCAAGCUCUCAGUGGAUUUAUAUUCCGGAGCGCUCUUUAUCCAGGAAUCUCUGGGAUGGAAUCUCUACGUGUCCAUAAUCCUGCUAAUCUCCAUGACCGCCCUUCUCACGGUCACUGGUGGCCUGGUGGCGGUCAUCUACACGGACACUCUGCAGGCGUUCCUCAUGAUAUCGGGAGCGCUGUGCCUGAUGGGUAUCAGUUUAGUUAAAGUAGGAGGUCUCGAGGGUUUGCGCACCAAGUACAUGAACGCCUUUCCCAACGUCACUGCCAUUGUGCUCGAGAGAAACAUCACCUAUUCAGAUUCCUGCCAUGUGCAUCCUAAUCCAGAUUCGUUUAAGAUCUUAAGAGGUCCUUCGGACAAAGACCUCCCGUGGCCUGCGUUUCUCCUGGGCCAGACUCCAGCCUCAAUCUGGUAUUGGUGCGCAGACCAAGUCAUAGUCCAGAGAGUCCUUGCGGCCCGGAAUAUCGCCCACGCCAAAGGGUCAACCCUGAUGGCGGGCGUCCUUAAAGUCUUACCAAUGUUUAUCAUUGUGAUUCCAGGGAUGAUCUCACGUGUGCUUUUUGCUGAUGAACUUGCUUGUAUCAGUCCAGAGCAUUGCAUGCAAGUCUGCAACAGCAAAGCCGGUUGCACGAACAUCGCCUAUCCUCGCCUCGUCAUGAACAUCAUGCCCGUAGGUCUACGAGGCUUGAUGAUGGCCGUGAUGCUUGCCGCUCUCAUGAGCGACCUAGACUCGAUCUUUAACAGUGCCAGUACUAUCUUCACCCUUGAUAUCUAUAAGAUGGUACGUCACCAGGCUUCCUCCAAAGAGCUCAUGAUGGUGGGACGCAUGUUUGUGAUCCUCAUAGUGGCCAUUAGCAUAGCUUGGGUCCCAUUCGUCGUUGAGAUGCAAGGUGGUCAGAUGUUCCUCUACAUUCAAGAGGUGUCAGACUACCUUACGCCACCCAUUGCUGCACUGUUCCUGCUUGGCGUACUCUGGAAACGUUGCAAUGAGACCGGUGCAUUCUGGGGUGGCAUUGUGGGAUUCUUGCUAGGAGCCGUAAGGCUCAUUCUUGCCUUUGUUUAUAAAGAGCCGGACUGUGACACAGCCGAUGAUCGCCCUGCUUUCAUCAAGGAUGUUCAUUUCAUGUAUGUGGCAGCUGUGUUGUUUUGGGUUUCAGGGAUCGUGACAGUAGUCAUCAGUCUUUGCACGGAUCCGCCGAGCAAGGAACAGAUUGCUACGACUACUUUGUGGGGACUACGCAACAGGAAUCAGUCUGAGAACAGCAAACUUCAAGAGCUUUCUGUAGAAACAAAAAAAGAGAAGACAAUGGAUGAAGUGGAAAUUAAACCGUCAUCUCAGGUUAUUCAAACAGGGAAUGAAAUACUUCCAAAUGACCACUUGGAGUCACAACAUACCCAUACACAGCAGAGCACCGAUCAUGUAGGUGGAGAUAAAGGACGGUGUGUGAAAUGUUUUGAGUGGUUUUGUGGUUAUGAUAAAAAUCUAGAGGAACCAGAUUCACCUCUUGGAGAUGAUGACAGGAAUGUUACUGAAAUGCUCAAGGAGCCUCCAAAAACUAAAAUUAUUCUUAACCUCGGGCUCUUGUUAGUGUGCACACUUGGUAUUUUCUUGUUUGUGUACUUCUCUUUGUAAUACUUAUCAUUUUAUCUAUCAGUCUAUCUGGGUUUGUCACAAAUGUGUUAUAUUGAUAUUCUUAUACAUUGUUUUAUACAUAUUGUGUAUUUAAGAUGUAAUUAUGGUUGUACUGUAGUAUUGCAUAAUGGUACAACUCACAUUGUAAUGCCAAGUAUUACUGAUACUCUUUAGACUCUUUACUGCUGGUUGCCAAUGCGCUGCCAAUACAGUACAUUAACAGACAUUCACAUUUUAUGUAAUUAAUACUCUGACAUAGGAAUCAAAGAACUGAUUUAAUUGCAUAUGAAUGUUUUUAACAUUUAAAGUUACAUGUGACCUCCACAUUUGGUGUUGAUGAUAUCAAAACCACUUGAAUCAUUAACCAAAUGGUAUUUCCUUAAAGGAAUAUUCCCGGUUGAGAACAAGUUCAGCUCAGUUGACGGCAUUGGUGGCAUAUUGUUGAUUACCACAAGUCCCUCCUUUUCUUGAAAACAUUGUGGUCAUGUAGGACCAUUUAACAGAACAAUGGAAGUUAAAGUGGCCAAAAGCCACAAGAUGUAUUUGUGUGUUAACAGAAAAAAAAGAAGUUUGCGAACACUUUAUGGUUUUUGUGGCAAACUAUGUUUUCACAAAUGCUGUUGAUUGAGCUUGAAAAGAAUUUUCUUAUUUGCUUAUAGUUUUAUUGUGCAUUUGUAACUCCAUUAGAGUAAUGCAGGUUAAAUUCAACACUUUAUGAACUGACAGUGUGUGUUAGUCAGUCUCACCACUGAAAACAUCUCCAACCACCACUGACCCCAUUA